GGGUUCUUCAUUUUGCGAAAUGGGCUCGAACGUCGAGGAAUGCACCUUCUUUUCUUCUCAUGAGCUUUCCAGAAUUCCUCGGUAUUUGACCUACGAUUGGUAUGGAUGUGGAAUGAAACCAGCGCGGUAAUCACUCACCACACCAUUGUAAAGGUGCACCGAGAACUCUGUGCUGUCGUUCAUGUGACCAUGAUCUCUCGUGCAUACGUCCAAUGGUUGGACGUUUACAGUAACGUUGCGCAUCUCGAUCGUGUGGACGUUUUCGCCUAUUCUUCUUUGGGGAGGUGUAUCCUCCCUUUCAGGCCACUCGGUUAUCAGAAUUCUGGAUCAGUCAAGCCAACAUCGUCAACAGAGAUGCUCGCUAUCGUUGUCCACCUCGAUCCUUUGAUCGAGCUCAAAUACCUCUGGUUGGACGUUCAAUGACAAUGAUCAAUUCGUGGUUUUGUAUGAUACUUCCAUCGUGAUCUCGAGGUCCAACUGCUACCGGAGGAGACUACUGGUCGACAAGGAUGUGGAGUAUUUUUGGCUACCGUCCGGAACUGCUAUCAAGUACUACGGACUGAUGCCAGGAAUAGUUGGUAACGAGCGUGAUUGGGUCAACUGAAUGGUAGACUGAGAAUACUACCUACUACUCUUUGGACUUCAACAUUUCAUAGAAGUGUGCUUAGCUUGAAUAAGUAUGUAUGAAUGCA